UCAUGUUUUAAUAUGAGUAUUUAUAAUUUUAUUUGUAAUAUUGACCGCCACGAACGGGCACAAACCGGUAUGUGCCACCGAUCGAACCAUUCCACUUGCUAAACCGGCAGGCACACUGGCAUAAACCGGUUUGACAACCUUGGUUUGAGGUAUCAAAUAAAUGUACCAAAUAAAGAACAUGGUUGAAAGUCGAUUCCAGCCUAAAUACGGAUAUUCAUAAUUUGCACCCAAGCUGGCAUCCGUUGGCUAGCUUCACCUUCACUGUCAACCUCCCACUUAUUUAUGCAAAACUCCAAAUCUGCAAACUUGCCAAAAAAAAAAAAAAAAAAAAAAACAGCGGCGUCCAGUUGCUGGGAAGAAAACGACGGAACAAAAAUCCUCAAUACUCCCGAAUUCAAAGGAAGAAGGAACGUCCAGAAUCACCAUUGAAAAGGAGACACGAGGGAGCCUUUGCCGGUCUCCGUCUCCGAACAACAAUUAAUCAUCUUUCUCCGAGAGGAGAGCUUUCCUUUUGGCUUGGAAAGCAGGGCAGAAGAAGAAGAAGGGCGAGGCGAACGAGAGGGAGAGAAGAAUUUACAACAAUGGGGAAAGGGGGCGAGAGGAUAUCAUCAAUGGCGGAACGGGAGAAAGACGAAGGAGUAGUAAUGGCGUCGGAUUUCUUCUGGUCUUACACCGACGAGCCUCACGCCUCCCGCAGAAAACAGAUCCUCUCUCAAUACCCUCAGAUUAAGCAGCUCUUCGGCCCUGACCCCUGGGCUUUCUCCAAGAUUGCUGUGGUUGUGAUACUCCAGCUAUGGACAGCAACAUUGCUCCACGACUCAGCGUGGCUGAAGAUGCUAGCCAUUGCCUACUUCUUCGGCUCGUUCCUAAACCACAAUCUCUUCCUCGCAAUCCACGAGCUUAGCCACAACCUCGCCUUCUCCACGCCGGUCUACAACCGCUGGCUCGGAAUCUUCGCCAAUCUCCCCAUUGGCGUCCCCAUGUCUGUCACCUUCCAAAAGUACCACCUUGAGCACCACAGGUUCCAAGGUGUGGAUGGCAUAGACAUGGACAUCCCAAGCCAGGCCGAGGCUCACAUUGUACGCAACGUGGUGACCAAAUCCAUAUGGGUUCUCCUCCAGCUAUUCUUCUACGCUCUCCGCCCGCUCUUCCUCAAGCCUAAACCACCAGGCUACUGGGAAUUCAUCAACUUCUUCGUCCAGCUAUCCCUCGACGCAGCCAUGGUGUACAUCUGGGGGUGGAAGUCCUUCGCUUACCUGAUCCUGUCGACGUUCGUAGGGGGAGGGAUGCACCCGAUGGCGGGUCAUUUCAUCUCGGAGCAUUACGUGUUCAACCCGGAACAAGAGACGUAUUCGUACUACGGCCCCCUGAAUCUGCUGACUUGGCACGUAGGGUACCACAAUGAGCACCAUGAUUUCCCCAGGAUCCCUGGGAGCAAGCUACACAAGGUGAAGGAGAUUGCUCCAGAGUACUACGAGAGCUUGGAUUCGUACAAAUCGUGGAGCCAGGUCAUCUAUAUGUACAUCAUGGACAGCACGGUUGGACCCUUCAGCCGGAUGAAGAGGAAAGUGAAGAAAUCCGAGUGAAAUUCUCCACAGGCAGCAGGCGACAUUCUUUGUAGCAUUUUGUAAACACUUUUGUUUGUGGCGGGUGAUCAGUUUUGGGUAGAGAUUUGAUUUCUUUGUGUUGGCCCAACAAUAAUAACUGCCAAUUUCCACUCUUUCUCCACCGCGGAAUGGGAAUCCGAGUGACAUAAUUAGAAUCCUUCUCCGAGAAGGAUUCCACAAACC